AUGAUUGACACAAUUAUAUGGAAUAUUCGAGGGGUAAAGUCCAGAGGGGCUUUUGAAAGACUUAAAUUCCUUACAAAGCUGAACAAGCUUCAAAUUAUUUCUAUUUUGGAACCUUUUGUUGACAAAGAUUUCAUCACUUUAUACAAAAGAUGGAUUGGUAUGAAUGGUUGUUGCAGUAACAUCAAUGGCAAAAUUUGGAUUUUUUGGACCUCUUUAUUUGAGGCUUCCGAAAUUUCUAAUGACACUCAACAAGUUACAAUGAAAUUCAAGCAGAAAGACAACUUUGAUGUGUUUUAUAUGACCUUUGUGUAUGCUAAAGACAAGGAACAUUUGAGGAAACCUUUAUGGGAAAGCCUUCACAACUCCUACAACUUGGUGGGUGGCCCUUGGUGUAUCUCUGGAGAUUUCAAUGUUAUUAUGGAUGCAAAUGAAAAGAAAGGAGGAAAUCCUCAUAAAAUGCAGAAGAGUUGGGAUUUUAUAAACAGUAUGGAAGAGUGUGGUAUGGUGGAUGCAGGGUUCUCAGGUCCUAGAUUUACUUGGUGUAAUGCCAGGGACAUGGGACACAGAAUCUGGAAAAGACUUGAUAGAGUUUUUAUUAACCAAGAAUGGACUGCAAAAUACCCUAGAACCAGUGUAGAACACCUAGCUAGCACAGGGUCAGACCAUACCCCAAUGCUAGUAAGAUGUUCUAACACUGAUUUCCAAGGGAUGAGAUAUUUCAAGUUUCUAAAUUUUUGGACUGAUCAACCUCAGUUCAAAGAAAUUGUUCAAAAUAGUUGGCAAGAAGACAUUCAAGGCAACAUUAUGUGGAAAUUUCAACAAAAACUGAAACUUCUUGGAAAAAAUCUCAGCAAAUGGUCUAGAGAACAAAUAGGGGAUAUUCAGAAGCAUGUUAAGGAAUGGGAAAGCAAGAUGCAACUACUAGAAGAUAAGUAUAUUGAUGACAAUAGAGAUGAGGCCAGGGAAGAAAUGCAUAAAGCUCAAGCUAUUUACUCUAAAUGGCUUAAGUGUGAAGAUUCUCUUCUAAGACAGAAGGCUAGUAUAAGAUGGCUCGAUGAAGGUGACUCAAAUACUAAAUAUUUCCACUCAAUGAUCAAUGACAGAACAAGGAGACUUACAUUACAUAAAAUAAAAAAUCAAGAAGGUCAGUGGAUUUCUGGAGAUAAGGACAUUGGAGAUGAAGCUGUUAAACACUUUGAGAAUCUGUUUGGGGAAGAUAGGGAUCCACAACUCCAUCACUUAGAUUGUAUACAUCAAGAGGUUACAGACAAAGACAAUGAUGCCCUCACUACUGAUCCAAGAGAAGAAGAGAUCAAGAAGGUUGUUUUUGACUUAAAUCCUAACAGUGCACAUAGUCCAGAUGGAUUUAAUGGAUAUUUUUAUUAG